UUACAGAGUGAUAUGAAACAAAUUAACAACAAACUUGUUUCUUGGUCUUUGCAAAAAGAACAGUUUUCAUAAACAUCCAGACCUGGCGCAUGCUCAGUAACAGCAUUUGGGUAGUGACGUCACCGACGCCAUAUUAAAGAUUUGCUGCUGUUUUCUCUGUGUCGCUGUUGCCAUCUUUCUGUUUCCAGCUGGACUCAGAGAGACCAGAGUGUAGCAAACAUACCUCCACAAUGGAAAUCGAUACACUUCUGGAAGCAUUUCGAGAUUUCGAGAAGAAAGGAGAAAAAGAAACCUGCCCGAUUUUGGACCAGUUUCUAUCCCAUGUUGCGAGAACAGGAGAGACCAUCAUUCAGUGGUCUCAGUUUAAAAACUACUUCCUCUUCAAACUGGAGAAAGUGAUGGAUGAUUUUAAAGCCUCGUGUCCAGAGCAACGAGGACCUGCCAAUCCUAACGUUGAGUACAUUCCCUUUGAGGAGAUGAAGCAGAGGAUUCUCAAAAUCGUCAACGGAUACAAUGGGAUUCCUUUCACAAUUCAGCGUCUUUGUGAGCUUCUUACUGAGCCAAAAAGAAACUACGCAGGAACAGAAAAGUUCCUCAGGGGUGUGGAGAAGAAUGUGAUGGUGGUCAGUUGUGUGUAUCCUUCCUCAGAGAAAAAAGGGUCAGGUUGUGUGAACAGAAUGAAUGGUGUCAUGUUCCCUCCAGAUAGAAAUGUGAAUGGUCCAGGAACACCCAGGCCACUGAACAGACCAAAACUCUCCUUGUCCAGCAGUGUAGCCACCAACGGCCUUCCUGACAGCACAGAAAGCAAAGAACAGGCCUCUGAGGAAUCAGAGAGAACGGUCAAUGAGUCUUCAGCAUCAGAAGCAGACUGUUCACACGUUGGUCCAGUGAAGAGUAAACAUUGUGAAGAUGAAGAUGCAACGAAUCCUGAAACACCUGAAGCAAAGAGACUCAAGUUUGACAAAGAGGAAGAUGAUGAUGAUGAAGAUGGGAUGGAGAAAGAACCAGGUGAAAAGCCGUUGUCCUGCAUAUCAAUAGCAGAGAGCUCAUCGGAUCUACCGCAGUCCUCAUCAGACGUCACUGCGGAGGUGAAGGAUAAUAAACCUGACAAAUUUGUCGCUGAAGACCAAGAACCCUCCAGUACACAGUCAGAGGUCGUAGAAAACGGGGUUGACAAAUCUGCUUCGGAAGAUUCCCCCGACCCCUCCCACAGUCAGGCGACCGCCAGCGAAUCGGACCUAUCAGAGCAGCAGCCUGAGAGGGAAGAGGGCACCGAGGAGAAAUACGACCCAGUCAGCAGCAGCAGCAGCAGUAGCAGCAAUAACAGCAGUGACGAGGGAGUGUCCAGCGCAGAGACUCGAUCUGCAUGUCCCAGCAGUUCCACAGAGCCGACAGCAGAGGGCAGUACUACUGCAGAAAUCACUUCAGACAGCUCAGAGACUGCAGGUGACACCAUGGAGCAAGACUGAAGCGGUUUUUUUUACACUCUACUGUACAAACACCCCGAAAAUCACUUAUCCUGCAAGUUUAGCAGAUCCUUUAUAGACCAGGAGAGGAGGGCAUCCGGUGACGUCCCUAAAGACCUCUCGUGAAAACAUCUCCUCCUUAUGACCCUUCUCAGGGCAUCUUGACUUAAUAUGGGUUCAACUUCAAAAACUGGAAGCUCAUCUUUCUGGUGGUUUAGUGGAGCAUUUGCCAUCGAAUAACAAGAAAGCCUUGCGUACAUGGCCGUUUUCUGUAAUCCUGUUCUAAUCACGAGCGUCUAUCAACUCGACACCUUUCGCUUCACGUCAGUCUUUCUCCUGUUCUUCUACGAGGGAAAAUGUGGCAAAUGAAUUUGUGUGAAUGUGUGCACAUGUUUGUAGGGGCACUUCCUUUUAGUUUUGAAUAGUCAACGAAUGAUCUCAGGAUUCCCGUUGACAGACAGACCAGUCUAAACAUUCCAGGAGAACACCCCUUUUCUCCCAAAUUGCCUUCUGUAUUCAUCUGCUGGCUUGAAGCACCAAGUGCUCAAUAGCAGAAUUAGACAGAUUUCCUUUUUCUUUUAUUUUUAGAUUCUUUGAUUUUAACUGCCUUCCCAGCAUAGCACCGAAAUGUAUUAAUCCACUGAUGCUGGUAAAUAGAUUCUAAAAUGGACUAAUGUGAUUUUCCAUGCACUAGAUACUUGAGUGCUGUUGGUUGCAAUGUGUAACUUAAUAUAGUGAGCCUGUCUUUUCAACCGACAUAAUGUGCUUAACCACUAUUGAGCCAUCCUUAUUUGUCAUAAGCUUUUCAUUUUGUUUCAUCAAACAAUGGCAAACAUUUGUAUGAAGGUUUAAAUGAGCAACACUGUCAACACCCACAUCUCUUAAAAUACUUUACAUGCUUCCUACAGGCAUGUAUACCCUCCUCCCCAUACUUAUUUCCACAGCUCCUUUUUGAUAUGUAGAAUUUUUAAAUUAGAUUUUGUAGAUUAUGAUGUGUUCACUGCUUUUGUGAAAAGUGAAAUUGUAUGAACUCCAUGUGAACUGAAUGCUUGGGCUUUCAACAGUAUUCCUGAAGAGCAAUAAAGGUUCACGUUAAAAGCAGCGGUAUGCUUAAUCUGAGGCAUUUCUAAACUUUUAUCUGAAUAAAACUCUUUGGAAUAAUCGGGUCAAAGACACAAUUCAUUUGCACUGUAAUAUUUGGGAAGUGAAACCUAAUUAGCCAUCACGUUUAACACGUAACCGAUGUGCGAGUAAUGGGCAGUAACUGCAAACUAGAGUUAGAAUUUUACUUCAAAUGAAUCAAUUCUUGGAAAAACUAUGAUCAGUCAUUCAAUAAAAAAAUUCAUAUAUAAACUGAUGUCAAUUUUUUGGAGCGGGCUCAAUUAUUAAAACAUGAAAUCAGUACUCAGGCAUGUGAUUGGCUAAGGACAAAAA